AUCGGUCGAGCAGUGAGGUUUCCGUGGACAAGUGAAUUCACGACAAACCAAGAGUCCAAAAUGCGCUUUUUGCUCACCGCGGGUUUGUGCCUCUCCAUGGCCGUCUGCAUACUAGCAAACGACUUCAACCUCGGCGAGCGACAGGAGGGUGAUCACUCCGUCAUCGACAAGACCAUUUUUAAGCCUGCUCUCUCUUUGGUAUCCAGGAGAGUCACAAUCCCCGUAACGUGUCCGUUGCUUCACGAAAUCAUCACCUACGUUAAGAUUAGCAGUCUAAAUGACAAUGAGGUUGACUUUCAACUGUUUGAUGAUGUCGGCAUGAGAUCCUUAAUGGUGAUAGCAAGAGGAAAAGAGGGUGAGGAAUUAUCGUUAAAAGUAGAUGGUUACUGCAUAGGUGCAUAGGUCCAAACACAAUUACCAGAGAUACCGACAAGAACGGAAUGAACAACUCGGGAAUAGACAACGACACGGCGAGCUACGACGUGGCAAAAUACGACACCAACUACACCCUAAAAAUAAACAAUAAGGAAAGAAUAAACAACACAUUCAAUGGCAAUGAUAACACUGCCGAUAACGACGACGAAAUCUGACGAAAAUGA